AUGGGGUCACGGUGGGCUCCACUGCUCGUGCUGCUCGCAUUGGUACUGAGUAGCGGCAGCGCUGCGACAGGGACAUUGGAACCGCUGCAGUGCCCCUACCAAAACGAAGAGGCACCGCACAAGCCACAACCGCCCAUCACGACAUGUUCGUCGUAUGCGGACAAUGCGUGCUGCGAUCACCGCGACACAAACGACCUCAUCCGUUGGCUCUACGUCUCGCAGAAGCGUGGCGGGCAGGACGGCACCAACGGCGAGUGCCUCUCGCUUCUCCACAUCAUGCGAUGCGGUCUGUUGUGCUCGCCAGCGCAGGCAGACUUCGUCGAGAAGACCAAUCCCAUGCAGUCCAGCUCUAAACUCAAGCUGGCGGCAUCGCCGCAGAUGCCUUACACCUACAGGCUGUGCUCCUCCUUCUGCGAUCGCCUGUACGCUGCGUGCAGUGACGAAGGAAUGAGAGAGGUUGAAGAGGCGGAGGCCGGACCAACAUGGGAUGCUGCGAUGACCUGGGACUCUGAACAUUCGUCCACCGCUGCAGAAGAGUUCUGCAAGUCGAUGGCGCCAUCUGACGUCGAGAUCGUUGUGGUUGAGGACAUUCCUACCAAGUCUGGGGACGGCCACAAGCACCUGUGCUUCAACGGACGGCCGACUACGGCGAGCGCAAAGACGUCGUUCGCCUAUGGCCAAGGUCUGACAGCAGACUUUGCCGGACGGUGGAGCUUCUUCAUUCAGGCGGUGGACGCACAAGGCGAAGAGGUGCGCGACGGAGGUGACCACUUUAUGGCCAGGGUGCAGCAGAUUCCGGAGGGAGUGAGCAUCGAUGUAGAGCAGACCGACAUGUCCAAUGGCCUCUACUCGGUUUCGUUUGUUCUCAGCGACCCGGGUCGAUACAAGAUAUCGGUGCUGCUAGAAGGUCAGCACGUAAGCAACAGCCCUACGUACACCACGAUUGUCGACCACAACAAGUGCCUUGUUCCCAAGACCAACCGACGUGCACAACGGCCCGAGCCGCAGCUGAAGAGAUGCAAGUGGUACAACGAGAAGGCUUGCUGCACCGCUGACAAGGAUCGGUCAGUUGACCAGUGGAUGGCCAAGGCGAUCAACCCCCUCUUCAAGCACAAGCCCAAUUGCCAGGCUUUGUUUGAGGACCUGUGGUGUGGCUACGAGUGCAGCCCCCACCGACCUCACUUCCUGGACCCGUAUGACACCAUCAACGAAGAGCAAGGCAUGCGAAUCUGCUCGUCUUUCUGCAAGUCGCUCUAUGGGGAGUGUAAGGAUACUCCGAUCAUGGGCCUCACCAUUCGAGCCGUGUAUGCGCGGCACCAGGACUUUUGCAUGGCCAAUACACCGAACAACUUCCUCCGGGUGACCGUGACGGAUACGCAUUGCUUCAACGGCACAAAGGCUGAGCUUUCGCCAGAGCGGACGUAUGUCUACGGGCGUGGGACGAGCGGGGUGGCUCCAGCAGGCCAGCAGAUGCCUGUCCACGUCCAGGCCAUAGACAUUCACGGCCAGCCGAUGACGACAGGAGGCGAACAAUUCACCAUGCACGUGGACGGCCCCGAUGUGGAUAAAUCGGCCAUCGUGGACCAUAAGAACGGAACCUACACUCUGCUUUACCGCGUCUCCAGAGCUGCGCUGUACAACAUCUCCGUCUACCACCAAGGCAUCCUAUUGGAUCAAAGCCCGUUCACGGUGAUGGGCAGAGCGGGUCCAACCGACCCUUUGGCUUCACUGGUCCAGGGUCCCGGGCUCUACCUUGCCAUGGCCGGACUCCCGGCCACGUUCACCGUGCAGGCCAGGGAUGAGUUCGGCAACGCGAGGGCCAAUGAAGAUGAUGUCGUUCACGCAUACUUUUCUGGUCCACUCAACGUGAUCGUCGAUGUCCUCCACAAGGGAGAGGGACUGUACGAGGCGCGGUACGCGACCAACCUGGCCGGCGAGUACAUGUUGCGGGUCACGGUCAACGGAUUCCAAGUCCCCGGCAGUCCGUUCCUUGUGAGGGUGGAAGCCGAAGAAGAGACCUUCGCCGCCAAAUGCGAGAUCAGAGGUGCAGCUGCGAGCAGGGGCAUCUCCCGAGCAGUGAACACGUUCGAGAUCAUCGCCAAGGACUACUACGGUAACAUUCGCGGUGAGGGAGGCGACCUCUUCCGAGUGCACUUCCAAGACGAGUUCGGUGACCGCGUCGGGGAAGCCGACGUGAGAGACCUACGGGACGGCUUCCACGAGGUGACCUACCGCCUCAACACAGCUGGCAGGUACAUGAUGUACAUCGAAAUGCUGGAACCGUCCAUGCGGUACGCCUUCGCCACUCUUCGCGCCGUGUUGCCGUUCUGA